AUGGGAGAUCAGGACUACUAUGCGGUUCUUGGUAUUUCCAAAGACGCUUCAGUGGAUGAUAUCAAAAAGGCUUAUCGCCGCCUGGCUCUGAAGUGGCAUCCAGACAAAAAUCCAACUCGAAAGGAAGAGGCUGAGCGUCGGUUCAAGAUCGUUGGUGAGGCUUAUGAAGUCCUCUCAGAUCCUUCUAAGCGGAGCAUUUAUGAUAAAUAUGGCAAGGAUGGUCUUGUUAAUGGUCCUCCGCAUGCCCACGGUGCGUAUGGAGCAGGUUUCGAUCCAUUUAACAUGUUUCCGUUUGGGUUUCAUUUCAGGGACCCUAUGGAUAUUUUCAGGGAAGUAUUUGGCGGCGCUGGCAUAGAGAGUCUUUUUGGACCUGGCUUCUUCGUUGACAUGGACCCCAUGCAUGUACACAAUCGGGCACAUCGUGCACCCAAUCAUCGAACUGCUGGAAGACAUGCAGGAAGCCCCUACCACCAUGCUGGACACCAUAAUAGGUCAGGUCCCCCCCGCUCAGAUCUAGCAGUUCCUUCUGAACAUGGCUUUAUGGGUGGUAUAUUUGACUUGUUUGGUGGCUCUAUGAUGCAGCCGUUUGACAUGUUUGGGUCCCUCGGAACAGGUACUUCUAUGAGCAGCUCUUCAACAUCGGUCUUCGGAAAUUUCGGUGGUGGUGGGGGUGGUGGAUUCCGAUCUGUCUCCACUUCCUCUCGAACUGUCAACGGGAAAACUGUUAGGGUCACGAAAGUUGUAGAGAACGGAACCGAGACUAUCACCGAGGAGGUCGAUGGCCAAGUCACUAACCGUACAACCCGCCCUCGAGGUGGCGGUGCACUUCAAGCCAUGUGA